AUAUAAUUGCUUGUCACCUUCACCACCUCGUUGAUUAAUUAGCUUCGUUUCUGCUGAGGCUCCAUGACAAUGGAGGCGUCCAAAUCUCUACCCGCUUUCGUCGUGAUUGUCACGACGCUUCUCGUCGCGCCGACCUACGCGGGCUGGUCCACGGGAUCGGCCACGUUCUACGGAGGCAGCGACGCCUCCGGCACCAUGGGCGGCGCGUGCGGGUACGGUAACCUCUACAGUACGGGGUACGGCACGAACACAGCGGCGCUGAGCUCCGCGAUGUUCAGCGACGGCGCGUCGUGCGGGCAGUGCUUCCAGAUUGCAUGCGACUCCCAGUCCGACCCGCGGAACUGCCGGCAGGGCGCCUCCGUCACAGUCACGACCACCAACCUUUGCCCGGCCAACUACGCGCUCCCCAGCGACAACGGGGGCUGGUGCAACCCGCCGCGUGCGCACUUCGACAUGGCCCAGCCAGCAUGGCUCCAGAUUGGCAUCUACCAGGCCGGCAUCAUCCCGGUGCUCUACCAGCGCGUGUCGUGCGUGAAGCAGGGCGGGGUGCGCUUCACCAUCAACGGGAAGAACUACUUUGAGCUGGUGCUCGUCACCAACGUCGCCGGGAGCGGUUCGGUGAAGGCGGUCUGGGUGAAGAGCGCCACCACCGGCGAGGUGCCCAUGAGCAGGAACUGGGGCUCAAACUGGCAGUCGCUCGCGGGGCUUGCCGGGCAGCAGCUCACCUUCGGCGUCACGACCACCGGCGGCCAGACCAUCGUCUUCCCGAACGUCGUGCCGCCCAACUGGGGUUUCGGCCAGUCCUUCAUCAGCAACCUGCAGUUCUCCUACUGACCACAGAGAGACACGUAGAUGGAUGACAUUAUCGUACAUGCCGCGACUGGGGCCGCGACUUGGUGGGAAAGAGCUUUCGCUGCUAGCUUGUUGCUGCACGCGUACACGGCAUGGUGUUGGUGCAUUUCUCGUUUUGUCUGUCGAUUUUUGUGUGCGUAAUUUCACUAGUAUUAAUUCACUCCUCUUGACAGGCCAGUGACUGUAUAGCUAUGUAUUGUUCAGGAAUGUCCAAUGUGUAUGUGUUGCUUACUGUA